AGACUAUAUAAGUCCGAGAAGAGCUCAGGCAGGGACAGAGGUACCUGCGUCCUGUUUGGUCCACGCACAGCAAGUUGAAAAUGCAGCCAGACGCAGCCAAAUUACCGCUUACGCACAGAACGCCUUUUUCUGUGGAUGAUAUUUUAGACCCAACAAAAUUUACAAAGAAAAAAAUCGAUGCUCACGCGGAAAUACUCACAGAAGCUUCUACUCCAAGAGAUCAUCCCAAAGAGAAGCAGCAGCAUCCAGGUGACUGCUGCAGCCCGGAGGAGGAGGAAGAGGAAGAAGAGGAGGCAGCUACUCCAUGCUCCGAGAAGAAGGUUCAGAGGAUGAGGGGAAAAAGUCGACGGAUCCGCACGGCUUUCACUCUGGAGCAGCUGCAGAUCCUGGAGCGCAGCUUCCAGAGAUGUCACUACCUGUCAGUUCUGGAGCGUCACACCAUCUCCUCUGCGCUCCGACUGACCGAGACGCAGGUGAAGAUCUGGUUUCAGAACAGACGCACCAAGUGGAAGAAGGAGCGGCUGCAAGGGAAGGAGGCAGAAGAGGAGCAGCACGGCUUCCCAUCAUCAUCAUUAUCACCAUCAUCACCAUCAUCCUCAUCAUACUCCUCACAUCCUUCUUCCGGCUCAGCUCUGACCUUCAGUCCUCUGCUCUGCCAACAGCGCACUCCCCUCCAUCUGUAUGCGCCGCUGCCACUGGUGCCAUAUCAUUAUUACAGAUGAUACAUAAUGUAACCUGAAUGAACACAUGCAAACCUGGCACUGCUGAUUAGAGGAGCUGUGGCAAAUGGGACUGAGUGGAAAAUG